GAGAAUGACAGACGACGGAACAGAGCAGCGCAUGCGCGUGUAUUAGGACUUCCUCGAGCUCCUCCUGCUCUUACGUAACAGAACGCCAAACAAACCGACGGCUGCCACCACGGUGUGCUAAACGACAGACUGUACGUGAUGUGGACUGAAAAACUGGGGAAACAGUUGGGCCACCCGACACAAUCAUUGGCAGGGUGGCUGGUCAGUAAGUGGCUCAAAGCGUACAACCAGGCCAUUGAGGAGAAUGCUGUGCGGCUCAGCGGGAUCCAGCCCGGGGAUACAGUACUGGAGCUGGGACACGGCCCAGGACUGGGUCUCGAGUUUGCAGCCAAACUGCUCACAGAGCCCACAGGCCGCCUUAUAGGAGUGGACUACUCACAGUAUAUGCAUCAGAUGGCAAGUAAUCGACUGAAGGAACUUAUUGCCAGUGGGAAAGUGACCCUACACCACUGUGACGUAGCAACAAUGCCUCUGGCAGACUGCACUGUGGAUAAAGUCUUUCACUGUAACUGCUACUACUUCUGGCCUGACCUCAGGAAGGGCGCCACAGAGAUACACCGGGUAAUGAAACCAGGAGGCCUAAUGGUGACAACACUGAAGCUGUCCCGUGUGGCUGCAGCUGCAGGAAAGCAAUUGUUGCCACGGGAGACGUGGCGCCCGGAGACCUACAUGGCAGCUCUGAGAGACUCUGGCUUCACCGAUGUCAGAAUGGAAAACAAACAGCAUGAACGCAUUACUUUUGAGGCUAUCUUUGCCACUGCUCAAAAAUGAGACUGAAACCAAAAUGUGUUCUGAUUCUGAACGCCAAAACACACAAGGUGAAAUACAUAUUAUUCUUAUUUGUGAUUUUGUAGUGUAUGCAUCCACCGUGCUAUAUAGGCCUAAUCAAAUGAAAAAACAUAUUGAAUAAUGAUUUGGCCUUUUGCUUUUAGCAACUGUGACGUGACAUGAAUUUUCUAUGCCACAUUAAACUUAAAUCACAACACAGAAAA